AUGACCAGCUCCAUGGUCUCUGGUGCAUCGUAUGGGUCUCAGCAGGGAAUGAACUACAUGCACCACAAAGACCCCUACCUCUCUCUACAACAACACAUAUUCGAGCUGGAGAUUGAGAACACCUCGCUUCUGGUGGAACGGGAGGCUCUUUGUGUCGAGAAUAAAACAACAGUUCUGCUUUAUGAGAAGCUUAUCGCAAGCGGCGCUUUCCCCAGGUUUCCCAUCACCAAGCUCAACCGCCCCACUUCUCCAUCUCAUCCCAACUACAUUCGAUUCUACACCUCGAAGGCCUACAACACCUGGCUCAUCUCUGCCGAAGCUCAAAAGUCUGACAACGCUUGUGGUCCUGAGCCAUAUCUUGAGCGGGCAUCGGACGGAACCAAGCUCAACGCUGAAGAUAUCAGUCGAAUUCAGAAGACAUGCCGCCUUGCCUGCGCAGAGCUGGUCCAGAGAGCUUUGGCUCCGCAAACCUGGAGCCAGAUCAGUGCAUCCGGGCGUAUUCUUGUUCACUCCAUCAUGGAGGAGAACCACCCAGAAUUUGUGUUGGAUAGCGACGGGUACAAGCUCAAGCUCUCCUUCACUAAGUGGUACCCUGGUUGGAAGCAGAACAACCUCGACAAGGACGGGAGGUGGCUCCGGAAGGAGUCGGGUGAUGACAUUAAGGAGGAGGAGGAUGGUGAUGGUGAGGGGCAUGCAACCAGUGUCAAACAUGCGAGAAGCGAUAGCCACGUUCCUGCAUCACAGAGGGCGCUGAAAAGGAGUAAAGUGGAGACCUCUGUCUCCCCCGCACCCCAAGCAAUCAACUCGGCGCCUCCUGCAAACACGAAUGUGCCAGCAACGCCUACUUCGAUGGAGGGCAAUGAAAGCGAUAGCGAUGACGGGCUGAAAGAGCUGUGUUUUGGAGAUACUGACGAGGAGAUACAGGUUGAGGAUCUCCUAUCCCUGGCUACAUUUGCAACUACGAGGUUCAUCACAACUUCGCCCGCAUCUCCCACCACUGACGCAGCCACCAAAACCCCUGCUGAACCCACUAUUGCCGACACUAGUUCUCGAGGCUCCCCGCCGACUCAGAACGAUGAGGCCGAGGUCAAGCCCAUCAACACUCCACCUCCAUCCCCGGAUGCUGCUGCCACUCCAGUCCCCAUUCCCACUGUUAAUGCUGACACGGGUUCAAAAAUGCGCGUCAAUUACAAGAAACCCAGCGGAAAGAUGCUCUGUGCCCACCGUUACCUACGCUCCAGCAAUCCGGCGGUUUCUAGCAAGACAACGGCGACAUUCAACACGUACUAUAGCAGACUCCCCCAAGAAACAAAGACGUUAAUUACUCUGCUCCUUUACGAUAGCGAACAUUCGAAGCUUGUCUCCGAGGGCAAGUGGGACAAGAACGCGAACUACAAAACAAAUCUGUCUCUCAAAGACGCUCUCAACAGCGACCUUCUAUGA